AUGUCUUGGAUGGACUGGGAGCGAUCUCUCGUCGAAUUUGCAUAUGAGGUCGAGAAAGACUUCGAUGUCAACGGUACACCCUCAUCUUGGGCAGACACUGGACUGAGUCCAGCUCAUCGAUACUGGGGCGAUGAAGACCACAGGAUAGAACUUCCUCAUACUGACGAUCCUACUUGCCGUCUGGCCACGUCGGCUCCCACACCGGACAAGAAAUUCAUCGCAGCGUCGAAUGGCCUUGUGGUCAACCUGUACGAUGUUGCAACAAAAGAGUGUCGUAUGGUGUCUCGAGGCUUGACAAUGCCGGUUCGUGGCCUGGAUUUCAGCCCUUUGCUCACAGAGACAGGCGGAUACACGCUCAUGAUCUCAAGCUCCGAAUCUGACCGAUCAGAUAGCGACAAGGCCCUCAUCUUCUUGGAACUGGGCCCUGAUGGACGAAGAGUGGUUCAACCACAGCUGUUGAACAUUGACGAGGUACUGGAGUUAUCUAUGGACCCUGUCACAUCUCAAUUGAACGGCCUGGGUGGAUCUGCCGCCGCGUCUUCAUUGCUAGAUACCACCCGCGCGCAGUACAAGAAAGUUCUGGACAGGCUGCAAGCGAUUCUGGAAGCCAAGGACUUGCUACAAUUGGACGGUGCCACAGGCUAUUAA